AGGGAACCAAGUCUGAUGGAAACAUUUAAUGAUCAUACUGCCACCAUUAAUUUAAAAAUUUUAAAGCAAUACGGUUUUUAUCAAAUGCUUGAUCCAAACAGUAAAAAGAUAUUUGGCUGGAAUGUUUACUGGAUUUUCUUUAUUAUAUUAACCUUGAUAACCGAGUGUUUAAUUUGUUUCGGGAAUUUUGGAUUUUUUUUGGAAUUGGAAGACACCAUUGACGCUACUGAUUUAUUUUUGAUCAUAUUCUCAAACUUAUUAAGUCAUUCUGCUUCCUUGAAAAUGAUCAUACUGAUAAUCAACAGAAAAAAAAUUCUGGACCUUUUGGACGUUACAGAUUUAAUAUUUUUAAAAAGCAGACCGUGUCGCGAUAACAUUAAAAUACUAUACACCCACUGUAGUAGAGCUUUACAACUUACAAACAUAUAUUUCUACACAGUGGCUAUUGUGCUAUUUGAAUGGAUUAUCUUUCCAAUAAUAGUAAACUCAUUCAUAGAGUACAACAAUGCCAAUCAGCGCUUAGAUAACGUUAUAAACAGACAAUAUCCUGUUGGUGUAAACACGUAUAAUAAGUAUUAUAUUUUAUUUUACGUAUUCGAAAUAACAAUAGGAAUAAAAUCGGUAUACUUAGUAUUGAUGAUCGAUGUAUUAUUAUUGUCUAUUGGUUGGGCAAUAACCGUUCAAUACGAAGUACUGGCUGCAGCAUUUAAGAACAUCGGGCAUAAUAAAAACCUUCAGAAGGACCACAAUUAUGAUGUCGUAGAUGAUUAUAAAUGUUUUAAAUCGAUUUUGUUUGAUCAACAAGAACUUGAUGUAAAACUAAAAUUAUAUUUUUCAAUUGUGAAGCCUAUUGUUUUGAUGCACGUUGCUAUUUGGUCAGGCAUAAUCAUAAUGAUGUCGAACUCAUUCAUUAUGGUUUUCUUAUCAACAGAAUCAUUUACUUACAAAAUUGUAAAUUUAUUUAAGAUCGGCACUGGAAUUUUACUCAUGUGUAUACAAUUAUUUCUUUAUUGUCAUUUAUUUGAUAAUAUUAACUUGAAGCGGAAAAAU